GCACAGCAGCAGUCAUAAGCUAAUGCGUUACGAUUAAUGAGCUGAGUGUGAAAUUCGGAAACCAAAUAGGAUUCUCUGUUUAAUUGCUUUCUGGGGACUUGGUUCCACUUUCGCUUGACUAGGUCUUAGGGUUUUUAUGUGAUUUCGCUUAACACCUGAAGAUUUGGGAUUUUAGGGUUAGGAUCGAAAUUUAGAGAUAUUCUAGUGUUCACUGCUUUAAGGGUUCCACAAUGGAGGAUGAGAAAGAUGCGUUUUACAUCGUUCGUAAGGGAGACAUCAUUGGUGUGUAUCGAAGCUUGAGCGAGUGUCAAGAGCAAGCUGGAUCAUCUGUAUCAGAUCCUCCAAUGAGUGUGUACAAAGGAUACAGUUGGCCAAAAGGAGCAGAGGACCUGUUCUCUUCUUUUGGAAUUAAGAACGCUCUCUUUUCUGUCAAUGCAAGCUAUGUCAAAGAUGAUGCUUUUGGGAAACUCAUUCCUUGUCCUGUUCAGCAACCAUCUUCCUGCCAAGGAGGCACUUCCAACAAAUCUUCCCCUGCUGCAAAGAGAUUGCAGGGAAUGAGAAGUGAUGAAUCGGGUUCAUUUUCCCCCAGUCCUCCGCAAAAGCAUCUUAAGAUAGAAAAUGACAUUGUUUAUCGGACUAUUCCUUCCAGUUUCUUAACUCGGCAACCUAUACUUGAAAAUGAUUCAUGUACCAUUGAGUUUGAUGGUGCUUCCAAAGGAAACCCAGGAAAAGCUGGUGCAGGAGCUGUUCUCCGUGCUUCAGAUAAAAGUGUCCUCUUCUAUUUACGGGAAGGUGUUGGCAUUGCCACAAACAACGUUGCAGAGUAUCGAGCUCUGAUUCUUGGUUUGAAGUCUGCUCUCGACAAAGGGUUUAAAAAUGUGCACGUCCAAGGAGACUCAAUGCUUGUCUGUAUGCAGGUUCAAGAUGCAUGGAAAACCAAACACCCGAAAAUGGCUGAGCUGUGCAAACAGGCGAAGGAGCUUAAGAGCAAGUUUAAAACAUUCCAUAUCGAACACAUUGACAGGGAAUUCAAUUCUGAUGCUGAUAAUGAAGCUAAUCGUGCGAUUGGUCUGGCAGAGGGUCAAACCAUGGUGAUUCCAGGCGGCUAGAAGAGAUUACUACAUCUAAAUAGUUUAGUAUUCAUGUUUUCUUGUUUCUGGGAUCGUGUCUUUAACAUGCUGUGUGUUGGCAUAAACAUGAACAUUGUGGAACAUGUUCUCUUAUCUCUUUUAUUAUGUCCCCCACCUGUUUAAAUUUCAGUCACUUGUUCUCCAAGUUAAAUUUCCAAGAAUACGUUUUAUAUCAUUGUUUUCUCUUUUC